AAAGACCCCACCAACAAAGGAAAGAGGAUUCACCCUAAUGGUCGUUCGGAUCUCUGUGUGACUGUACAGAAUGGUUACGCUGGUAUUGGUAGUGCUGUCGAGCUCUCUUACUGUUUUGCCAACAAUGAUCAAUUCGUAAAGAACCAGCUCUGGGACUACACCGUCGGACAGACUGGUCUCAUCAAACUUCACGGUCAGAACCUCUGUCUUGACGCUGGUGACAACCCCGGUAACGCCGCGUCCCUCAAAGUAUGGACUUGUUACGACGGUCUCUUGCAACAAACUUGGAACUUCCAGACGGCGAACGUUUUAUCUCUUCCUAACAGUGGGUAUCAAUGCCUCGAUGUGGUUUCCGGUUCUCAACCCGGAACUCAGAAACCUUACAACUCCGUCGGUGAUCUUCAAACUUGGGAAUGUAGCACCAACAACGACCCUCAACAAAUCUUCUACCAGCUU